AUGUCUUAUACAAAUCGAAACAUUAUCGAUAUAUUCGGAAUAAGUCUGACUUCAGUUCUGCUUAUCUACUUGGGAGUCUUAUCUCCGGGUUUGUUUCUUUGGGAGGACAUUAAGGAGAGUAUGUUCUUCCGUGGUUUAACGGUUGUAGCUAAUUGCUUGGUAGCGUUGGUGGCUGGUUUGUUUCUUAUAGUUAGCAAUACGCGUGGGUAUGUGAAGUCGGAGGAGUACGUGCUAGGCGGCAAGUACUGCUAUGAGUGCCGGCAUGCUAAGGCUGAAAGAGUGCAUCAUUGUUCGCGGUGUAAGCGGUGCAUUAAUCGGAUGGACCAUCAUUGUGCUUGGAUUGGAGCGUGUGUGAAUGGCCGGAAUUUAGGCAACUUUACUAAGCUUAUCUUUGUGACUCUAGUUACUGGUGUGGUCCAUUUAGCACUGUAUGGGUAUGCAGCUCAGCGUCGGUUGCGCAUUCACCAGGGCAAGAUAGCCCCACGGUUCAGUUCAGUCAUGAUUUGUAUAAACAUCUUAGUCAUUGCGGCUCUAAUGGUCCUUCUAGGCCUUCUAGCCAUUAGACACAUCCGAAUUAUCAAGUACAACACGACUUAUUUAGAAAUGCUACAAGCUCGCCGGCUCAAAAGACUAGGCAUGUACGUCCCUGAGAAUCCGUAUAACAAAGGGGGCAAAGAGAACUUCAAGGAAAUCUUUGGAACAACUCUAGACUUUAUUCUUUGUCGCACUCCUAAAUCCAUCGACCAAAUGAGCUACAAGAACUACUGGCCACCUCUCCGGGUCACCAAAAGCACUUCCACUGCCCAAAUACCCAGCCACGCCACCCAACUAUAA